AUGAACUUGUUUUAUAAGCAUUGUUUUCUUUGCAGAUCAAUAGCUGAGCAACUGAAGCAAGGACAUUCAGUUACUGCAGAAAGUUUCGAGUCUGUCACGAUUUUCUUUAGUGAUAUUGUUGGGUUCACUAGCUUGGCCUCAAAAAGUACACCAAUGCAGGUCGUUGAUAUGUUGAAUGAUCUUUACACGUGUUUCGAUCGAGUCGUGGAUGUUCAUGAUGUAUACAAGGUUGAAACAAUAGGCGAUGCUUACAUGGUUGUGUCGGGACUGCCCCAGAGAAACGGCAAUAAGCACGCAGGAGAGAUUGCAACAAUGUCCCUAGACCUGCUUCAUUGCAUCAAAACGUUCAGAAUAAAGCAUUUUCCAGAGGUACAACUACAAUUGAGAAUUGGAAUUCACACAGGUUAG